UUCCCUGUUAGAGAUCCACCGAUAAGCAGAUAGCUGGAGAUUUUUCCCCAGAUGUUUUACCCAUGGGUUUAAUCGGUGAGAUGCCAGCUCAGCUGAGCCUGGCAGACCGGGAACGGGAUUGGAGAGAGGCAGGGAGGGUGGCAGAGCUGGGUCUCUCCAUCAUCUCCGAGAAGGGACCGCGAAAGAUGCGCGACCCUGCGAGAAAGCAGAGAGAUCCCAGCUCUGACGUAAAAGCCACAGCCCUGGAACGCAAGAGAAAAUCAUGUGCUCCCAUCCACAUCAAAUCAGCACACAUUAUUAUCAACAAAAGAAAGGCAAACACUGCAGAGUCGGACGCACUAAAAGUGGACGAGAGACUGCAACUGGCCCGAGAACGAAGAGAGGCGUAUCAAAAACAGCUGGCCUUGCGUGAGCGCAGUUGGCUGGCAAGGGAGGAACGUGCCAGAAACUUCUAUGAGAAACAUCUUGAGGAGCGCAGAAGGAAGCUGGAGGAGCAGCGACAGAAGGAGGAGAGGAGGAGAAUGGCAGUCGAGGAGAAACGCAAACAGAGGCUCAAGGAAGAACGAGAGCGUUAUGAGUCUGUGAUGCGAAGGACGAUGGAGAAAAGUCAGAAGGCCAAACAGAAACUCGGUCACUGCUCUCGACGGACCGCCAACAGUACCCAAAGCAAUAAACAUGCUAAACGGCGUUCUCUCAGCCAAUGGGAGAUCGAGCUUGUCAGUCGUCUUCAGACUCCCACUAUUUCCUAUCUAGCCAGAAGCAGAAGUGCUGUGUGUCUGUCUCGAGACACAGUUGUUCAUGUUUGUCGUCGUGCAGCGUCAUGCCAUUCUACAAACUCCAGCAAUGCACAAAAGGCCCAUGUGCAUUGUGGAAAAGAAGUGAAGAGGCCACGCCCAAAUGUCACUAUCCGCAGAACCGCCAACAGAGAGCUGGUAGCAAAAGGUGGUUUUGAGGAAAAGAACCAGAAGACACAAUCUCUAACAAUAGCUGAAAUCAAUCCCAAACAGGACAAAAAUCUACAUGAGAACGCCAUACUCUCAACAUCAAGUCUGCAGAUUAGAUCACAUCUCAGACAUCCUUUACCCAAACAAGAUGGUUUGCCUCCACUUUUAGAAGAAGAGGAUAUUGAGCAAAAUGAACUUCAACAAGCUGAAGAGACAACACAAUGUCUUCAAAGGAAUAAUACACAGGACAAACAACUCCAGCUGAAUCCAGCUAUGAAUCUACCACCCGGUCCUCCGACUCCUAAUAGACCAAGUCAGAUUGGUGACGGAGAGCGAAUCGGAUCCCCAGCUUGGACCACAAACCCUGAGGAAGCCACACGCCUGCUGGCAGAGAAAAGGAAACAAGCGAGACUAUUGAAAGAGAAGGAAGAAGAGGAACACAGAAAGAAGUUGGAGAUGGAGAGGAGGAACAGAGAGGAACUGACCCGGCGAAGAGCUGAAGAGCGAGCAAGGCAAGGUGCUGAAGCCUUCAGAUUGAAGGAGGAACUGAGGAUCAGAGAAGAGAAAAGACUUCAGGCUGAGCAGGAGAACGCUCGCAGACAGAUGGAAGAGGAAAACAGGCUUCAGCAACAAAGAGAAGAAGAAGCACGUCAGAGGGCACAAGCGGAGCAACAGAGACAAGAAAGAGAAAUUCGCUUCCAGAGAGAGGAGGUUGAACGCCAAGAGAGAAAGAAGCGCUUAGAGGAAAUCAUGAAGAGAACCAGAAAAACUGAAUCUGAAGAUAAGAGACCUGCAUCGGUAAACGACACACUGUCCAGUGAGAACCUCAAGCCUGUUGUCAGAAUACCAGGUCCUGGCAAAACACCAAAGCUGGAGAUGAGGGACGCGGAGGACAUGCUUCCUACUGUUGCCUUCAAAGAACGCAGAUCAUUUUGCCCACUGGCCGGCCUGGAAAAGAUGCAGGCACAUCAGCAAACAGAGGUUAUUUAAUCCAUGGACCCAUCAUAUGAUCUCCAUACAGUGUGAAGAGCUUCAGAGCAACUUCAGCUUGUCUUUCUAGGAAAAUGGCUUCCCAUGCACUUUAAAAGUCCUCUAUAGGUAACAACUCACAUUCUUCUCCGUGCAAUUCUCUACCACCCAGUUAAAAAAAACCUAAUCACUGCUUAAACAGACGCCCUCUGUGCUAAGUACACAUAUAAAACGUCGGGUAUGUGAUUUUGAGAUUCACUUGAUAAACAAUUAUAUUUCACCACAUAAUAACCCACCAAAUAAAACUUGAACUCUUCAUUUAAAUAUUUUAACUUUUUAAUUUUGUCAUAUUUAAAGGGUGCAUAUUAUGCAAAAUAGACUUUUACAAGGUGUUUGGACAUAAAUGUGGGUUGACCGUGGACAUAAAUCCACCCUCUUCAUAUUUAAAAUCCCCAACCAAAGCAGUCUCAUGAGACAUGCUGUUUUGAUUCUCUUGUUAAUGUGAUGUCACACUGAUAAAGCCCCGCCCACAGCCACUGACUUACUGAUUACAGAAACUUACUGCAACUUCACAGAAACAUUCUAGGCACACCUGAGACUUAUAUUACAUCUUGUAAUAAUGGGCAUAAUAUGUGUCCUUUAAUAUGUAUUUUUUGGUGUUAUGAAGAGGAAUGUAAUUCUGCUAGAGCAGCAGCCUCAUGAAUAUUUUAGUCUUAUGUAAGCACAUGCACAUAGAGUGUUCGCAACAAUUCACCUGCAAAUCUGUGUAAGCAUAUUUAUUCUACUGUGCUACAGUAGAAAACCAUAUUCAGGAUCUUUGCAACGCUGCUGUUUGUAAUACUCAAGUACUUUUCCAUCUGUAGUCAAUGCUGACCUUUGCUUUUAUGUCACAGUUUAAUGCCAAAACAGGUGGACUCUUUCAUUUCUAGUUUCCAUUGCUCAUUUUGCACUGCUGCUAUUUAGCCGUUCCAAAUAAUGAGAUUUCCAGCACUGUUUUUUCAUGAACAAUAUGAUAAAGACACGCUCGCCUGACUUUAUGAGCAUUAGUGUGCCGGUAUACCUGCUGACUUUGUGCAAUAUAUAUAGUGAGGCUUAUGCACAUAGUGUGUAAAGAUGCAAACAUUUGAAUUCAUUUUUUUUGUAUCGGUGUAAGUAAAUACAUUUCAAAACCAAAGUUGUUGUCUCUGUGUCACACAGAUUUGAUGCAAUAAAAAUUUGUUUUGCCAAGA